AUGAAAGUGCUCAAGGAAACCGGGACCCACAUGGGCCAACGAAUAUCCGAACCCAAGGUCAAACUCAUAACCCUAACGAAAGAAGAGGAGUUUUUGAUAACUGGAAGUGAUGAGAUUUGGGACGUGUUUAGGAACCAAAACGCGGUGGAUUUUGUAAGGCGGCGGUUGCAGGAGCAUAAUGAUGUGAAGUGGUGUUGUAAGGAGAUGAUAGAGGAGGCGAUAAAGAGAGGGGCGAUGGAUAAUUUGGCGGUGGUGGUUGUGUGUUUUCAGGCGAAACCGCUGCCAUAUGUGGUGGUGCAGAGGGGGAGAGUCAUGCGGAGUAUUUCGGCCAAAGGGUUGCUGAAUCUUAAGUUUCAUCUUGAAGGGUGA